AUGCUUAAAUCCUCAAUAGUUAGGUCCUUCGCGGAAAAAGCAAGCAAAAUCAUAGAAAAUGAGCUUUAUAAUAACCCUCAUUUCGAAAGGGCCUUCCCACAUCUUGCAAAAAAACUUGAUGAAGUAAAAGUGACAGGCUCAGAGCCAAGUUGGGGUGAUUCUCUGUUUUACAAGGGUAAAGGUCGUCCACUGAAAGAGCAUGACGCUAUCCAUGAAGACGAAAAAAACUUCUAUGAAGGCUACCGAGCCCCUGCAGGGCCUUUAAAAUGGAUGAGCAAAGAAGAAAAAGAGCGAAUCCACAACCAAAUUGAUUACAAAAUGGACCAAUUAGAAAAAACUGGGCUUUCCCGUGAAGAAAUUUUGUACAAUAAGCCAGGCGGCUUAUCAUUAUCAGAAGAUCCAGUUUUUCAAUACUUGCGAUACAAUAGAGAUGCAAGAGAAAUGAUGGUAAAGCCAGGAGAAGAGUUUACAGUCCAAAAAGUCAUUGAUUACGCCUUAAGACAGGACACAGGGAUUGAUAGAUCAAGGGCUGCACUGCCUAAAGAUGAAAUUUAUGAGCAUGAAGUCCCUGAUUCUUAUGAUUAUGAAGUUGCAGCUGGAAAAUUGUACCCUAAUAAAAUCCAGCCUUAUGAUUAUUAUUAUAAACAUGGAUGGAAAAGCAAAGUAGGAACUUAUAACAGAUAUUUUAGGUAUGGAGGGCAAAUGUACCCUGAGCCUGUAUGGACAAGAGAUAGGACAAGGAGGAGAAAUAUGAGAGAAGUUAAUUUGGAUGAUAUUGAUUAUAAAAACACUGAGUUUUUAGCACAGUUUAUGACACCUGCUGGGCUGAUUAAAAAUAGAUGGCAGACAAGGCUAAAGGCAAAAACACAAAGAAGAGUAGCAAGAGCUAUUAAACAUGCAAGAAAUCUAAACUUGUUUCCAUUCACAGGCUAUAUUUUGCCUCCGCAUAAGAUGAAUUUGGUCCCAAUUCAUAUAGUGUUAGGACGCUAUUAGACUUUUCAUUGCCCGAUUUUUGAUGAGACCAAGCAGUUCAAUUCUCAAACUUAUUUUAGUUGAACCAACUCUUGGAUUGGCGAACUCACUUAAUGCUGAAUUUUUAUAAACCUAAGUGUAUAUUUUACCUAUAAAAAACAUAAAGAAAGAGAAGUCUAAAAGUGGGCCUCCACUAUAUGCAAAACUACAACAACAUGGUAAUCCACUCUGAAACUGGAACUGUUUUCUCUAAAAAAUACGAAGCUGAAGUUACAAGACUUAAUGAAAUAGAAUACCCUAACACCAUAGAAAAGGCUGCACAAAGGUUUAAGUUUGACUCAACAGAAGAUGACAUUGUUAACACAAUGAAGAAAUUUAGCGAGCUUAUUGACGUUGAUAUACAGUGGAUACCUUCAAAACAGCAAGUUAGAAUCUUAGAAGCCCAAGAGUACUUGAAAACAAAGCAAGGAGAAGGGCAAAAAAUGCUUGAGGAGCUUAAGCAAAAAAUUAAAGUCCCAAGUUCAUUUGACAUAGCCUCAAUUUUUGUGAAAGAAAAAGCAGCAUCAGUAGAGUUACUUCAAGAGAAGCCUACUGAAGAGCCACCAAGAAAAAAUGUGCUGAAUUUAUGGGAAGAAAUAAAUGAAAUCAAAAAGUCAGUUGGAAUUGAGCCAAGUCAUCCGAAAUGGGUUGAAGAAUUAGUAAGUCCAACGCCAAUUCAGCCAAUUUAA